GUACCGGAAUCAUAGUUCUAAUGGUAAGUAAUAAGCUGUACAUGUCGAUGGUUGUCCUCCAUCUUAGCCUAUGCUUUUACCGUGGUAUUAUUGUAGAUGGAAGAACAAGUAUUUCUGAAAUGGAAGAUAUGGAGUUGGAUAGGCAACUCGAGAUUCUCAAUAAGCAUCCCGUUAAGACCAUUAAGACUAAAGAAGGUGAAUUGUUUGAUUGCAUUGACAUCUACAAACAACCUGCAUUUGAUCAUCCAUUGCUCAAGGAUCAUAAAAUCCAGAUGAGACCUGCUAUCACUCCUGGAUCAUCGUUGCCGUCCUCCUCUACUUCAUCUUCCAACUCCUCACUGGUUAUUGACCCAUCCGCGAAUAUCCUGACACGGUUUGACUGCCCAGAAGGAACAGUACCCAUUCGGAGAACUAGUAAAGAGGAUUUACUAAGGGCGAAAUAUUUUGCAAAAUCAUAUCAGCUCACUGAACAUCCUGAUUUUCCCUUUGCUGAUGUACCUGGUCAAACUGUUGUUAUGCGAAGAUACCACUCGGCGGCAAUUGGCCAUGGAAUCCAUUCUGUCAUCAAUACAGCGAACCCAAAAGUGGGAGAGAAUCAAUAUAGUUCAGCUCAAUUGUGGGUUUCAAAUGGUCCACCGGAUGACAUAAAUACCAUACAGGCAGGAUGGGUGGAAGCACCAUAUUUAUUCGGGGACAGCCAAACACGGUUCUUUGGAUUUUUUCAGGCAAAAAAUCAGUCUCAGACAUACGGCUGCUACAACACUCUUUGCCCGGGAUUUGUACAAGUUGACUCAGAAUAUACACUUGGUACGGUUAUACCUUUGGUCUCGGAAAUUGGUGGUACUCAACGUGUAUUGCAACUUGACAUCUUUCGGGAUAGUGAGAAAAAAUGGUGGCUUAUAGCUGGGUCAGAUAAAAGACACGUUGGGUACUGGCCAGAAGCUAUACUGCCACAAAUGACUGAAUUUCCACUAUUUGCUGCUUGGGGAGGGUUAGUAAGAAGUGAUCCGAAUGGUCCAAUGACAACACCGAUGGGACAAGGAGAGUUGCCAAACGGAGACUACAACAGGCAAUGCUCGAUAACACAAAUUCAAUAUAUACGAGAUGACUAUGUUUACGUGGAUGUUGGGGACUACUUCGCCUUUACUUCCAGAAGCAAUGUUAAAUCUGAUCAGUGCUAUGGCAUAGAAUAUAAUGGUUACUACAAUGAUGAGGAAAGAGCUACAAUAAUAUUUGGUGGACCAGGUGGACCAAAUUGUUAAUGGCAUAAGGAAAUAAAAGAAGAUUUAUGCAACACC